GGUGGCCCAAAAGCUCCAUCCCCCGGCCCAUCUCACCUAAGAUUAUGUCCCACAGAGAAUAACCCCCCAAAUUCUCUGCAUUUAACAGAGAUCUUGCAGUGUCACUCUUCCGUGCAUUUUCGCCGGCGAAAGUUCACCCAUCUCCGAUAACAACCGGCGGUAAUCACUUCUCAGCUAAAGGAUGCUCCAGUCCUGCUCUUGUGGAUGAAAUCUAUACAGCAAAUACCCCGCAUUUAUGUGGACUGAGCUAGGGUGUUUCGGGAAGUUCUCAUUGGAAGUGAAAGAAUGGGAGUCAAGUAGAUAAGCAGAUACAUAACAUCAAAGUUAUCAACAUGGAUAGGGAUUUCUGGACAGCAAAUGGAUCAAGAAAUUUAGAUGUUGGUGAGGUGACUCAUAACAAAUCCUCUAGAUUGGAGCAGAAGCGAUCCCAACGGUGGUUCCUGGAUAGCUCUGAUACAGAUAUUAUUCCCAACAAGAAACAAAUUGUUGAAUUUCCAGGCGACACUUCAUUCUCUGGGCUUCUGACCUCAACCACUUCUCACUGGAAAUAUGCAUCGAAUUCUCAGCCAGUUACUGGCCACUUUCAUGAAAGACCAUUUGACCCAGAAACUGAAAGGGGUAUGAAUUUUGAUCACUGGAAUGCUUCAUCAGUUGGCAUAAGCACUAUGAAUCUGGGAAGAAAGGUUCUUGAAGAUCAAUUUGAGAACAGUUCCUUAUGUAAUCACAAUUCAGGUCUCGACUAUAGUGGCAUUAGGAAAGUCAAGGUUAGCCAAGUCAACGACUCAGAGAAUUACAUGUCUGCUGCAUUAGAAUGCUUUUGCGCAAAUGGUGAUAGUGAUAUUAUGCUACUUUCUCAUCCUUAUAGCAAGGCAGCUGAUGCAUCUUUAACAAUGGGACUCCCAUUCAACAAAAAGGAUGAGAGUGCACUGACUAACACUUUUAACAGGGAGGAUGGCAGUUUGAUAUCAAUGGGUGAAUCCUAUAAUGAGGAUGAUUGUCACAUAUCAAUUGGUCAAAGUUAUAAAAUAGACAAUGACCCUAUGAUAAAGAGUUAUUUUCUAAACAAGGAUGACACUGAUGUUCUGGCAAUGAUGGACAACGAUGCAUUCAAGGAUAGGGAUGAUGUUAUACCAGUUGUUCAGUCUUUCUGCAAGAAUGAUAACAAUGUUACGUCAAUAGGUCAAAUCUUUAACAAAGAAAUUGAUGCUACUCUAUGCAUAGGCAAAAGUGCUGAUGUGAGUUCAUUUUCACUAGGGCACACAUGCAACAGCAUGAGUAACAUGGGUUUACCGAUGGGUCUCUCAUUUAGCAAUGGAGAAAGUACUAGCAUAUCUUUUGGUGGUUUAAAUGAUAAUGAGGACGGAAGUCCUGGUGAAGGACUGGAAUGCAGUCAUGACUUGCUAAUGGUCCAGUCUUCAGUUCUAAAUUCAGAAGCACUAAAUCAGAAACAGUUGAUCGAUUCAAAUGCUGAUUUACUUGCAAGUGAUUCUCAAAUGAUUAGCCAUGUUGAUUCUUUUCCACAUAACAAAGUGGAGCAAAAAGUAAACAGAAAGGCUCCUCUAAACAAUUUCCCAUCAAAUGUAAAAAGUUUGCUAUCAACUGGUAUAUUCGAUGGAGUGCCUGUGAAGUACGUUUCCUGGUCAAGGGAGACGGAGCUUCACGGUAAAAUAAAAGGUUCUGGAUAUCUCUGUGGUUGUCGCUUGUGUAACUUUUGUAAGGUAAUUAAUGCUUAUGAAUAUGAACGUCAUGCUGGUUGCAAAACAAAGCACCCGAAUAAUCAUAUAUACUUUGAUAAUGGGAAGACAGUGUAUGGGAUUGUCCAAGAGCUCAGGAACACACCACAAAAUUUGUUGUUUGAAGUUAUGCAGACAAUUACUGGAUCACCCAUUAAUCAGAAAUCAUUCUGUCUUUGGAAAGAAUCGUUUCUAGCUGCUACUCGUGAACUUCAGCGUAUUUAUGGAAAGGAAGAAGACAAACAGCCACAGUAAAAUGGUUCACUUGCUUUUUAUGCUGUAUCAAGUCUUGUUGUUAUGCUCAGGUGUAUACAUCUUGUGUCAUAUCUUAUAGCUCUCAGUUCUGACGGUCCACUUGUUUAAGAAGUGCAAUAGAUGUACUGUGCAAGCGUUAUGAAUUGUCUCUAGUUCUUAAUGAAAUAUAUUACAGUUUGAAUGGUAGCUAUUGAGGCUCAUGUAAUAUCUAUUUAUGUUAGCUUCAUUCUGUAAAAUGGUUCACUCUUUAUGCUAUAUCAAGUCUUUUUGUUAUG